AUGACACUUCCACCUCAACCCAUACCUACCGAACCGUACAGAGUGGUUCCAAUCCAUAAACAUCGUGAGCUGAUGGAUCAGUGCAUUGCACUUAUAAACGCAGAAUGGCCACGGUCGUAUACGGCUCGGCUGUGGAGUUUGGAAUCGUCGAAGGAAACGCUCCCGACCAGCUUCGUGCUGACAACCAGCGUGAAAAAUGAAACCAUCGUCCUGGCUCACGCCAAACUUUCGCCAAUCCCUGCCGAUCGAACUGCCGUGUUUGUGGAAAGCGUAGUUGUAGCUCGCGAACACCGUGGACAAGGCAUUGGACGGUUGCUAAUGCAGGAAGUGGAAAGGCAUUGCUUCACGAAUUUGCAUCUGAAGAAGAUCUACCUUUCCACAAUCGACCAGGAAGCAUUUUACGCGAAGCUUGGGUACAAACUGUGCAGUGCUAUCAACAUUUUCGGGUCACGUCCCACGUUUAACAAGAGCACCAAGAAAACGUGGAUGUCCAAGAGUGCGGGUAGUUAG